GUGAUCCUUUCUGUAUGCUGCCUACUUGGCUAUCGCUGCAGGUUCCCCGUCAGCUGAAAAUCAGUCCCGAAUUGAAUCUUGGGUAUAUAAAAACGGGAUCUCUCAAGAAACCGUCAUCUCAGUCCAGAAUCCCAAGGACAAAAACAAAAACUCAAAAAUAUCCGCAAAAAUGGUCUUUCCCUAUAAACUCACGGUCAUAUAUUCCUGCGAUAGAGCUUAUGACAUAUACGAACCUGUUAUUUACCAAUUACUAGAAACUCAAUUCGGUAUGUUGGGUGUCACGGAUAUCCAACCGAAGGUUACAGAUGCAUCGUCCCAUCUGAUCUUCACUACCAUCUUCUGCGCACCGGAAAACAUUUUCCUAAGCGAUUUGCAAGAUGUAUGGUUGGGAGAGGGUAUCCAUACUAUCGUCGAGAUGUUGUACUAGCUAUGUAUAAAUGGAUUGAUCACCACUGCAUGGAUCAAUCAGAAAGUCGGAUGGGUCGA